GGCUCUGGCGGGAGAGGAUUCCAGCCAUUUGCUGCCCCCUAGCGUCGGACAGGGGUCUCUGUGCCGCCUCGCGGAGCGUCGGCUCGGAGCGGCUGCCGCAGGGGGUAGCGGUCUAUAUCUAGCGGUGCGGUUGCCUCUUUCUUUCAAAGUGCCCCGGCGUGGCUCCUUGCCCCAGCGCUUGCCCGGCAGAGAGGGCGCUUUUUGCAUCCUCCUGGCGUGGCGCUGGAACGGAUCCUCUUGAUGCCAGGCUCCGGGAUCCUUUUUCUUUCCAAAGUAACAACUCCCUCCUCUUCCUCCUGCUCCUUCGGCAUCCCGCCCCCGCCCCGAUCAGCAAGGGGACGCAACAGGAGCGUCAGGAGGGGUUUGGAGAGCUGAGCUGCUUCUUGCCACCACCCCGGGAAGCCAGGCACAGCCCCCGCUCGCUCUCUCUCUCUCGCUCAGCCCUGCCACCCAUUGAAUGCAAAGUUUGAGCAUCCGAGGAGCUGGUACUUUCCGCCCCUCCCUCCCGCUUAGAUCUGGAUUUUCCUUCCUGCCUCCUGGACUGGGCAGGGAGGGGAGGAUGGGCGUGAAAUUUACAAGCGGGCUCUUGUUGCAUCCGUCCGGCCAACUCCUGCAUCCUCAAGCGAUGCAUCUUCUUGGAUGAAGGCGAGCAAAGGGGUCCCCCACGCUCUUCGUUUCCUUUUGCUCCCCCCCCCCACGCCCCCAUCGCUUCCCGGGAGACUUGCCCGUGUGGGGUGGGCUGGAAAGGGGGGUGGCUGAGCUACAGCCUCCUGGCUGGGGACUUGACUGGGGGUGCGGGGCAGUGAGCGGGGGAGGAAGAAACUCUUUGCGGUGCAAGGGAGGGCGGAGCGGGGAGCAUGCCCGGCGUCCCUUUCACGGCGGAGCCAUCCUCCAUGGAGACCGGACCCUUCUAAAAUGACUUUCCCUGAUCUGAUCAAUGCCAGCUUGAAUGGGAACCGGACGGGACAGGGCAGCGCGAACCGGUCCUGGAGGGAGUGGGGGCUGCCGGGGGAGGAAGCGGAGACCAAUGGCACCUCCCUGCCUUUGGCCCUGGAUCUCCAGGCGGUGGGCGUAGGGGUCUUCCUGGCCCUCUUCAUCCUUUCGGCCAUCGUGGGCAACAUCCUGGUGAUCCUCUCGGUGGCCUGCAACCGGCACCUGCAGACGGUCACCAACUACUUCAUCGUCAACCUGGCCAUCGCGGACCUGCUGCUCAGCACCACCGUCCUGCCCUUCUCGGCCACCCUGGAGGUGCUGGGCUCCUGGGCUUUCGGGCGCAUCUUCUGCGACAUCUGGGCGGCGGUGGAUGUCUUGUGCUGCUCCGCCUCCAUCAUGAGCCUGUGCAUCAUCUCGGUGGACAGGUACAUCGGGGUCAAGUACUCCCUCAAGUACCCCGCCAUCAUGACCGAGAAGAAGGCGCUGGUGAUCCUCGGGGUGGUCUGGCUCUCCUCCAUGGUCAUCUCCAUCGGGCCCCUGCUGGGAUGGAAGGAGCCGCCUCCCCCGGACGAGAGCAUCUGCAGCAUCACCGAGGAGCCGGGCUAUGCCCUCUUCUCCUCCCUCUUCUCCUUCUACCUGCCCCUCAUGGUCAUCCUGGUGAUGUACUUCAGGGUCUACGUGGUGGCCCGGCGGACCACCAAGAGCCUGGAGGCGGGGGUCAAGAAGGAGAGGGGCAAGUCCAUGGAAGUGGUGCUGAGGAUCCACUGCCGCAGCGUGGUGGAGGACUCGCUCUCCAGCUCCCGGAGCAAAGGGCACAACUUCAGGAGCUCGCUUUCCGUGCGCCUCCUGAAGUUCUCCCGGGAAAAGAAAGCGGCCAAGACCCUGGCCAUCGUCGUGGGGGUUUUCAUUCUCUGCUGGUUCCCUUUCUUCUUCGUCCUGCCUUUCGGUUCCUUCUUUCCUUCCCUGAAGCCCUCCGACAUGGUCUUCAAGAUCAUCUUCUGGCUGGGGUACUUCAACAGCUGCGUGAACCCCAUCAUCUACCCCUGCUCCAGCAAAGAGUUCAGGAGAGCUUUCAUCCGGCUUCUCAAGUGCCAGGGCCCCCGGCGCCGGCGGCCCAUCUGGAGGGUCUAUGACAACCACUGGCGUGCCACUUCCAUGAGCAGCUCGGAGCGGGAUUCCGACAGGGACGUGGGGCCCAGAAUCACCGCCCUCAACAGCUCUUUCAUAUUGAACUCCACCCCCCAGGAAAGAACCCCUAAGAGGCGAACGCUAAGCUUCAAAGGGUGGAAAAUGGUCACCGCUUUCCAAAAACCAUCCUCCACCCAGCUGAAAGAAAAGAUGAACAGCCUCUCCAACAAAAUAAGGGGUGGCUCCUGCAAAGGGGGCAUGACCGCAGCUUACAAAAUGGAGGUGGAGUCCGUUUCUAUAGGGAUCCCUAAUGACUUCACGGAGGCUAUUGACUACCAAGUGUACGAUUUACCAGACUGCUGCGGGCUCAGAGAAACGGAUAUUUAAAGCCCCGGGACAACUAUUUGUUUGUUUUAAAAUGUGCAUUAUAUGUGGUUGGAGGGGACGAAAAUGGGAUGCAAUCGAUGUGUUUGUCAGGCAGACUGGAAAAAGCGAUCAGGUGUCAAAUGAGCCACCGGAAGGUUCUGUGAUCACCGCCCACUAAGGUUACAGGGUGCUAAGGGCUUAGUAUAAGGGAAAUACUAAUGCUCUAAUGCAAUACCAGAGUCUUAUCCGCUGUAUUGCCAAGUGAAGGAAGCAGAGGGACUGUGGGGUCUAGGAAAACGAUCUGGUUUUUCUGGUCGGGUGAUGGUGUCUCAUAGCUGCUGUGCAAUUCAGUGGAAACUAGAAUGCAUCCUUCACGAUUCCCAAAAAAAUAGAAAGGUCAACACCAUGAAGACACCAAAGCUGGGUGUAAUUCUCCUGUCAUAGUGCACGUGACCACGGCUCCUUCCAGAGGCUGUUGCCAGCAAGGAUUCAGCUGCUGCUUAGUGACAGAGCUGUUCCAUUUGCUUAAGGGUAAGGGCUUCUGGUGACCGUCCCAGGGUUUGAUUCCUGCUGUCGACUGUGGGGGUCUCUGAUCAUAGAAUCAUAGAAUAUCAGGGUUGGAAGGGACCUCAGGAGGUCAUCUAGUCCAACCCCCUGCUCAAAGCAGGGCCAAUCCCCAAUUUUCACCCCAGAUCCCUAAAUGGCCCCCUCAAGGAUUGAACUCACAACCCUGGGCUUAGCAGGCCAGUGCUCAAACCACUGAGCUAUGCUUCCCCCGCCACAGGUAUAUCUGGCCACAGGUUACUACAUAUGCGUAAGAUGGGUUUAUGGCUGAACAGUCAUCCUCCCUUACACGCUGAAGCAAAGGGAAGCGCGGGUCUUGUUUCUAAUCCAAAUCUGAGAUACACUUCUCAUUUUACUUUGAGUUUGAAAAGUACCCUGAGCCUUACACAGCACCCACUGCCAGCACCAGCGCGAGCCCAUGUUGCUCUGUGUCAGCAGCGAGGAAACACUGCCAGGAGUGCUUUUGGAUAUUGGACGUGUCUGGCUCUUCAGCCCCCACCUCUUCCUCUCGCUCUCCCUCUCAAACAAUAAGAGAGAAACGGUGGCAGCAAAGUUCAGCUCAAGACUCAAACUUCCCCAUAGCUUGGGAUGGAUGUUUCCAUGUAGGCCCAUCUCUGAGGUUAGGGUGUCAGAGCUAAAGUCAAACAUCUCUCCAUAGAGGUUGGAGUUCCCCCUUGUAAUGCGCCAGGUUCUUGAGCUGAGUCAGUCCACGAUGAUCGUCAUCGCUCUUGGCCGUUCUGACACAAUUCCUUGCCGAGACGGCGGAGCUACCCAAGCUGAACCGUUCAGUGGCCCUCAGUAAUUGUCGGUUUUGUUUGCUCUUGCUGGGGCCAAAAAGGGUAGCAAUCAUUUUUUUCCCCACCAUGCACAGAUCCAGAGUGAGCCCUCAUCCGAGAGGAUGUAGUGGUCUCCAGUGCCCUAGACUAUGUGGAGAAAGAAGAUGUGUGCCCCCCACCCCCAAAAAAGGGCACCAUCGGUAGCACCAACCUAGUAUGACCAGGCACAGUGUGCUGUGUUAUGCUUUGUUGUAUAUUUGCACUCAGUCAAUUAGUAGGUCACACUCCACCGAGCUGCGUAUUUCAUGUGACUAUUUUGUUGCAUUUUUGGGCCACUGAUGAGUCCAGGAGGCUCCACAAAGAACCUACGUUAAGUUUAGAAAUAGGCUCGGCCCACAAUCCCUGAAUUCAAAUGCCCUGGGGACUUGGGCAGAGUGCAGGUCUGAGUCUAAAAGUCUUAUCUCAGGUCCAUUCUCUGGUGCAAAUAAAAAUAUAGGAAACCACGCUCCAUAGUGGAGACAUGCUGUCAAAUUCAUCCCAGGUGUAAUCCCACCCAGGUCAGUGCAGUCCCACCUGGGGCAAAUUUGGCCCAUUAAGACUAACAUGGCUUUCAUUACUGGGGCCUGGUGUAUGUUUAUCCAGCCUCUCUGACUAAGCUUUUGCAAGAAGAGAAACCCAGCUGCCAGGCUCACAGAAAAACCGGGUGUUAUGUUUUGUCCUCCUUGCUCUUUGUUUUUAUAUGGAAACUCAAUAUACAAAGUGUAGAAAGAAAGAAAGAAAGAAAGAAAGAAAGAAAGAAAGAAAGAAAGA